CGGCGCGACGGGUGCCUUUGUUCGCGACGCGAACGUCCCUCGGGUGACGGCAAGAACGCGCAAAGUUCGUUUCCGCGACGAUUUUUCGAAUCGUCCGUCCGCGUCACGGCGACCGAAGUAAACAUCCGCUGAUUUUGAGGUUAGAACCGCGAAUUAACCUCCGUGACCGGAGUCCGCGCCGAAUGGAAUAUUCCUCCUAAAUCUCCCCCUCGCAGGAUUUCUGUGUCAAAACAAAUUCAACAGAGCUAUAUUUACGCGAUUUAUUACGAUUGUUGUCGACGUUACGACGACGACAUCAAAAGUGUAUCGGAAGGAUGGCAGAAGAUGAGAGACAAAUUAGAAUGGCCGCUGAAGCUAUACUAAGUGGCUCGAUCAACUCUCAAAGAAGUUCGGUUACACAGCAUAGUAUGACGCGAACGCCGGAUAUCGUUCUCACCGAGGAUCUGAUCUUAGGAGCGAGACACAACGGCAGAAUGUCGAGCGUUAGACGUUUCUACUGCCUUUUCGUCACCUUCGAUCUUCUUCUUACAUUCCUCAUGUGGCUCAUUUGUACAAUGAUUGCAGGCGAAAGUUUACAUACAGCUUUCAUAGAUCAGGUGAUACACUAUCAUAUAAAGACGUCUUUGUUUGAUAUUGUGAUGGCAGCGAUUUGCAGGUUCACGGUCUUGUUGCUCUUUUAUGCGCUGCUGUAUCUCAAUCACUGGAUUAUUGUAGCUAUAUCAACUGCCACAACAUGUGCCUUUUUAAUUGCCAAAGUUUUUCUUUUUGAUUGGACAUCAGCUAACCAACCAGUAUUCCAAGUUCUGCUAAUCUUGACAUCUUUUGUAUUAUCAUGGGCAGAGGCUUGGUUCUUUGAUUUUCGCGUGAUACCUCAGGAAACUCAAGCAAGAAAUUGGAUUCGAAGUUUUCCAGAUACAGAAAGAGCUCCGUUAUUACGAAGCAUUGUUACUGAAUCACGGCAGCAUAUGGCAAAUAUCGAUCACAUGAAUACAUUUUUCACACCUGUAGAGUCUCCGAAUCAUUCUGAUGAUGAGGACAUCCCCAGGAAGCAAGGAGAUUCGAGGAAGCUCUCAAGAUCCAGCGAUUUAUUUAGGUUCCUAGCAAUACUUACACCCGAGAAGGUUAGUAAAAUUGUUUUUUUUUUCUUGUUUUAAU